CUCAUCUUCCACAUCACCAACAACAUCCCAUCUCUUCACCACCCACCCUAUUCCUUCACUUGGCUAAACACACGCUCACACCGCGCCCGUUCCCACAGGUCCCCGGCUGGUCCGUACCCAACAAACCCCCUUUCACAAUGGCCUCGUCGACCCUCCGCCCUCACCGUAGCCCGUCUCCCUCGCCGACGGCGCCGGCGCCACCCAUCAACCCGGCCAACCCGGCCAAGCUGACCCGCCAGUCCCUUGGCCCGCCCACAACGUCGAGCAGUGCUGCGGCGCGCGGGUUCGGCCUCGGCCCCAGUGCCAACAUUGCCUCGUCGCCCGGCGGCAGCUCGUCUGGUCUGAGCCAGCCUCGCCAUGUAUCGAGCUCGGUCGUCGGAGGUCUUGGGUCCAUGGGCGCCCAGCGCGACUCGCUCUCCCCCCGCCCCAGCAUCGGUACCGGCCGCGCCGUGUCCGGUGGUGCUGGUCGUCCGUCCUCCGAGUUCCUGCCUACCGGCGCGGCACGUGAGGCCGCACGCACCCCCGAAGCCGAGCAGAUUGACCAGUGGUUCAAGCAUCUGGCGUCGUGGGAGGCCACUCUGGAGGAGAUGGCUGCCGCGAGCACGGACCAGAACUUUACCGAGGAGUUGGGAGCGAUUGAGCAGUGGUUCCGUGUCCUCAGUGAGGCUGAGCGUACUGCCGCCCUUUACUCGCUUCUUCAGCACUCGACGCCAGUGCAGAUUCGCUUCUUCCUCAGUGUGCUUCAGCACAUGGCGCAGGCGGAUCCCAUGACGGCCAUGCUCUCGCCUUCGCCCGCCGGUGUUACGGCCGGCAUGGAGUCGAAGCUCGCCGGGAUGGGCCUCAAGUCGCCUUCGGCUGGUGGCGGCUCGGGCUUCACUGGAUCGCCCACUGGCAACCACUACCUUGCACCCGAGUCGGCGUUUGACCCCAACGCAAACAAGGCCAAGUCGCUGCGUACCAACCGCAUCAGCGCCCCGGGAACCCUUAUCUCGACCGAGGCACGCUGGUCGAGCCAGCUUGACCAGGUCAUGGAGCGCGGCCCGUCGCCCGGCCUCGACGAGGCCAGCGUUCGCUCCCGCUCGCCGCAGCCCGACAUUCGCCCCAAGAGCACAGACUUUACCGGUGGUUCGGGCCACGAGCCGUCGGGCUACUCUCGCUCGACGACUCCGCGCUUGAGCGUUGGCCCCGGUGGCCUCGGCCUCGGCCUCCCCUCUGGUGUUGAGGCCUCGCCUAUCAACCCCAGUUCGCCGCUUGUCAACUCUGGCAACUGGGCCUCGAUGGUCAACACGCCGCUCGCGCCCAUGUUCAACGACGGUGGCAAGGAGAACCUCAGCUCGACCGCCAUGUCCCUUGCCAGUCUCCAGCUGGCUGCUGGUGCUGCCACCGCCGCGAACCGUGUUCAGCUUGACGAUGCUCGCAAGUACCGCCGUGCUCCCAGCGCUACCAGCAGCACUGGUAACAGCCGCAACGUCUCUGGCGCGUCGUACGGUGGUGACGAUGAUGGAAGCACGUCGCCGUUCCCUGGCAACGGCGCUUUUGGCGGCUGGAACGCUGGCUCGCGCUCCGGUGGCGACUUUGGCAGCCUUGGUCUCGGUGACCCUGCCGCUCUUGCCAACCUGAGCAUGAACCUCGCCAAUGUCAACCUGGGUGGCCUCAACCCUCUUACGCCUAAUGCUGUUCAGAUGCUCGCCCUCGCCCAGGCUCAGGCGCAGGCGCAAGCUGCCCAGCUCUCUCAGGCCGCCCAAGCUGCUCAGCUUGGUGGCUACGGCUACCCUGGUGGCAGCAGUCUCAACGCUCCUCGUGGCGGCAACCGCAUUCCUUCGUCUGGUCGCCGCAGCCCACUUCCUGGUGGCAAGGCCGGCUCGCCUGGUCCUCAGGCCGCUCCUCAGCAGGGCGGUGGCGGUGCCGGCGGUGGUGCUGGUGUGGCUGGUCCCGACGAUGUCGACCCCAAGGUCCUCGAGGACGUGUCAACAUGGCUCCGUGUUCUCAGGCUUCACAAAUACACUUCCAACUUUGAGCGUUCCAACUGGCACGAGAUGACUGUCAUGACCGACCAGGACCUGCAGGACAAGGGUGUCGCCGCUCAGGGCGCGCGCUCCAAGUUCCUCAAGGUGUUCUACAAUGUGCGCACAAAGUACGACAUCCCCCACCCGCCUGGCCAGGAGGAGUACGCGCCUGGUGCCGGAGGCAAGGACGAGAAGUAGUCGCGAUCAUUUGGCCAUUGCCAUUGCAUUUGGAAAAGAGGACGAGCCAUCGAAGAUUAUACCUAUGGAUACCCGGCGAGCGUAGAGUGGUGGUAAUUGGAUGUGUUAUGCAUGCGAAUGAGCAUUG